GAUCUAAAAAACGCCAACUUCAACAACAGAAACUCCAGCAGUAAGCCCGUCGCUGCCAAUCCAGUCAUUUCAGAGGCCAGGUCAAAUCUGCAGGAAAACCAAACACUCACAAACCGCAGUAAUGGUUACAACGCCAACACACCCUUGCAAGAGAGAGAUGAGAAUGGUGGGUUUUCUAGAGAUCUGCUGAUUAACAAGAAGGUGGAUGAACUUCCAGAAGGUGUGGACCCCACCCAAAAGGAGUACUACCUGUCUGACCCAGAUUUUUAUGAUAUCUUUGGGAAGACGAAGCAUGAGUUCUACCAGAUGCCUAAGUGGAAACAGCAAAAUGAGAAGAAACAAUAUGGACUCUUUUGAACCAAGGGACGGGCACUGGGUGACACCUGAAAACAGGAAGGUCUUCAAGGGGGUCAUAAAGGCCAAGAUGGUGGCCACCAUAUGUCUUAGAAGCAUUGAUGCAAAAAGUGGUGGGACUUUGAUCACUCAGCUGCAACCACCAUCUUGACUGUUUUGACAUCCCUGCUCAGAAAGAAGGCGAUAUUGGAGGAAAGGUGCCUGUUCCCCAAACCUGAAAAGGACAAUUUUCAUAGAAUCAUAGAAUCAUAGGGUUGAAAGGGAUCUUGAGAGGUCUUCUAGUCCAACCCCCAACAACAUGUUCUUGAAAUCAGGACUGUCAACAAUAAUCUUAACAAAUGAUUUCCUCAUUCUCUCAGCCUUGAAAAUAGCAGCUUUUCCCCCCUACCAGAAUGGUUUCAUGUAUUUGCCCAAGAAACAGGUGAAAGUUUCUCUCAGUUGUUUUCUUGGAAAUUCUAAGUAAAUGGAAGCAAAAUGGGGUCACGGUCUGUGGGGCGAUUGGCAUACAGCGAUUAUCGCAUGUGAAAAUAUACCACCUUCCAUCUGUGUGAAACUGGGGAGGGACUGAAGGAGAGUGAAAUGCAUUGAGUAAAAGUCAAGACAUACUUUUAGAUGCCAGACAAUCAGAAAUCCUGUAAGGACUCAGAAACCUGCGGUUAGAUGAUAAUACACACCCUUGUCCAGUCUUGCAGAUAUAAGAGAUACAUGGCCUCCAUUCUGAAUGCACCGAGCAGAAUAUCUGAGGGUUUUCUCAUCUAUCUCAUCAUAAAGAGCACUCAGUAAGAUCUAGAUUAGUGUUUCUCAACCUUGGCCACUUUAAGAUGUGUGGAUUUCAACUCCCAGAAUU